CUCAAGCAUAAGAUGCCACUUCGUACGAAACGAAUUCAUUAUAGAUCCCUUCAUCCUAAACAUAAAACCAGAGAAAGUAAUCAACAUGAUAUCACACUCAUUCAACGAAAACAGCCUACUGAAAGAGUCGCGUCUAUCUUGGGUCAUUGCUUGGAUGUGUUAAUGACAGCUUUGUUCAUGUUGAAACCAGUUUUCUCAGUUUUUGCAGCUAUUACUAUUCUCAUUGGCUUAUUGAGUUUUGCACACAACAAGUGUCAUGAAUUUGUUCUUGAUACAGUAUGUCCCAUGAAGCUCAUUAGUCAUUACAUACCAGCAUGCCAACAUCACAACGCUCCUGUGCCUGAUUUUUCACAUUUUGUGAAACUACAAGAAUCGCUUUAUGACGGUAUGUUACAGUCAAGUGCGGAUUCUAUCUCUGCUAUUGAGCUUAAGCAAGUCGAACUCGCUACACGCGACCUUCAGACCAUGAUCAAAUAUUCCAAUCUACAAAGCCACCAAUUGUUGGAUGAUAAACUAGGUGAUUAUAUAGCACGAUCGCGUCGGUUUGGCCGAGAUAUUCAAAGUCUACAGGCGCAAACAAAAGGGGUGAUUGAUAACUUGAUUACUUAUAACACCUAUACCUUAAGAAGAUUGUCUGAAUUCAACUCUAAAAAGUCUAGCCGACAGGAUCUACGAGCACUUUAUGAAUAUGCUAUGUCAUUGGUCGAAAAAGAAGCCAAGCGACUGAUACUGACGAUUGAAAAAGCCCAAGGAUCACUGGAUAGGUUGGAAGAAGAUUUGUAUGCUGUGCAUGAAAUUUCUGUUCAAGAACAAGUAUAUCAAAAGAAAGAAAUGCCUGAUGUGUUUGGGGAUUUGAUCAAUAUGAUUUCGGGUCAAGGCAUGCGUCGACCUCUUGUAGAAGAAAAUUUAGCCCUGUUGGCUAAAUUCGAUUCUCAACGAAGUAAAGCUUCUCAACGACUGAUGGUGAUGCUGGAUCGUAUGGAAGCAUUUCAAAUGGAUCUUGAGGAAUUGCGCUCACAAGUAGUGGCUCCUAUUCUUAUUCCUGACACGAUUCCUUUAGAGAUGCAUAUUGAGAAUAUCGGAAAGGCCAUUGAGCGACUUAAAAAUGGUAAAGUGAUUGAUUGGAAUGAUACACAAAAGCAUCAAACCAUUGAAGAUGCCCCAGAAUAAUAAUGAUAAUGAUGAUAAUAAUAAUAAUAAUAAAGAGCUGUUUAUAUGAUCAA